UGGAGUUGUUUUGAGCAUGACGGGGAGGUUAUGCUUGUGCUUUAUUAGUUAGCUACACGUAGCCUAAGCUAAUAUCUUCACUAGCUUGUAUAAGAAAGAGUCUUGCUAGCAUUCCAAAGGGAUAUAAAUGACAACCACAUUUCUGAAUAGAUAGGCAACAUUAGAGUGAAUAGCUUUGCCAGGCAAUGUUGGUCUUUUGAAAAAUUGGAUAACCUUCACUGGUGUGGAUAUUAGGUGCAUGCACAAGUCGUUAGCCUACCGCUGGAUAAAAGUUGGUAUUUAUAAAAGAUCCAAAUGGAUAAAAUGAAAAGACUUCGGAGUCAGGACAUUAACCCAUGCAUUGACGAAAGCGAUGCCUCCCAGAAGUGUUUGGAUGCCUACAACUAUGACAAGAGCAUGUGUUCUGCCUAUUUCCAGAGAUAUAAGGACUGUAGGAAAUACUGGCACAACAUAAUGGUGCAGAGGAGAAGAGCCGGCGUGAGACCUGACAUGCCCACUGCUGCAGAGAGGCAGGAAAUGCUCGCUGCUGUUGGAGGCAAACCAUACUAAGAGUCAGUAGGGUCACGCAGAGACAUUGAAGACCAGUGGACCCAGGAAAUGUACUACAGGCCAACACAUUCUGGUGAUGCUACCACACAGCAUUGGCUUCAGGUGAUCCAAGGCCCGACCUGUCCUCAAGCUCAGGGUGUGUGGAGGCGACCAUCUGUAGAAAGUCUCUUCUAAAAUAAAAUGGAAUGAAAGGAGAGCCACAGAAAGGAAAGACAUAAGAUGGGUUAUUUAUUGAGGUUUGUUAACGAUGUGACAUGAACUGACAUAACUUGGAAAGAAAUAAAGAGCUUUUGAAGUA